CUUAAGGAUGAGGGCAAGGAUGGGAUUGCUGCGAGGCUCUGAACUUGGACGCUUAGGCUCGCCCCUCUGCAUAUUGCACAUGGCAAAUCUGUGCACUUGGGCUGCACGAGCGUCAGGCGUCAGGCCUGAGGUUUUGCCCCCAUUGACUUGUAUGGCCACGGCGUCGCUCGCGAAGGUUUUCGAAGAAUCGAAGGAUCGAAGGGCUCUCUAAGAACUCAGAGAACUCGAAGAACUCGAAGAACUCAAAGAACUCGAUCUACUACUACGAUGACUGUACGGCCGUAGCCUAUGGGAACGACGUACGGAUAGGGGGAUAGCACCGAACUCGGGUUUUUUCCGGUUUUCGGUUUUCGGUACACGUGGUUUUCUUUCACGGUCACAGGUCAUUCAUGCUAUGAUGCUUAUCGUGAUUUUAUUUUAUUUUAUUUUAUUUUAUUUUGUUCAGAUUUAGGGGGGCGAGGGGAGGGGACUGCGCAGUCUGACAGAUUAUCACGGAUGAGUCGAUAUUGGGUGUGAAAUUGGACUCCGGAUGGUUGACGCGGAUGCGGGUUGGGGAUUCAGAACGAUUGGAUGAACGCUGAGAAAGAGAACAGGACGGCUGAACCGUUCACAGCUCGAAACCAAGAACCCCACUCGAAGAACACACACUCGGGGCGUAGGGUCCUUGACAGUCGGCGGUGUCAAGUGUUUUGAGAUGUCAUGCGAUGUCACGAUCAUCGUUCACUUCUCUAUUCAAUGGGCAAGUGGGGCGAUAACGUUUUGUAUUGGGAGUUCCCCUGAGAUCAGCUGUUGGAAUAGGUUGGAACAGGAUGUUGGGAACAGGUUUAUCGGUCACGGUGGUACGUACUACUACUACGGCGUGAAGGUCAGUUACGAACCGUCGAUCGGUUUUGGAAUUUGAGGUUCUUGGGCUGCUACCAAUAGGCUUGCUAUCAUUGCAAUAUACAACCGCAUCC